GCUAGCCGGCCCCUCCUUGUGGAAAAUGGAGGUCUUCACAGUUGAUUCAUUCUCUUGUUCUCCCUUUUCUGGAAAUCCAGCAGGAGUGUGCAUCCUUGAGACUGGAAGAGAGCCACUGUCUGACGAUCUAAUGCAAAAGAUUGCAGCUGAAAUGAAUCUCUCAGAGACAGCUUUUGUACAACCAUUAUCCAAUAAAGAACCUGUUUCUGUUGCUUCUACCUUUUCAUUAAAAUGGUUCACACCAAUUUGUGAGGUCGAUCUCUGUGGUCAUGGAACAUUGGCUACAGCAGCAGUCAUUUUUCAAAUGUAUGAUAACAGCAACACUGAGCUGUCUUUUUCAACUCUUAGUGGAGAAUUGAAAGCUAUUCACAACAAAGAAGAUAAGACAAUAUCACUGGAUUUCCCAUUAUCUUUGCCUACACAAGAGAGCAUGACUGAACACAGCAAUAUCAUAAAACUAGUUGCUGAUAAGCUGAGGGUGAUUGAUUGCCAAUUCUCACCAUCUACAAAGAAACUGUUGCUACGCUUAUCCGAUGAAACUACUCGCAGUCAAUUGGAAUCAUUAGCUGUUCCUGACAGCCCCGGACUACUAGCCAUAGACCAGACUAAAGUAAAAGGAGUUAUUGUAACACUAAAGUCUACUGAGUCUGACUAUGAUUUCUACUCAAGGUACUUUGCUCCAUGGGUAGGCAUAGCUGAAGACCCUGUCACAGGGUCAGCACACACUGUACUGGGGCCUUAUUGGGGAAAGGUAUUGAACAAGAAGAUAUUGAGGGCUAGACAGUGUUCUCCACGCGGUGGGGACAUAAUAGUAGGAGUGAAUGAAGAGACUGGACGAGUGUCACUAACUGGGAGUGCCUGUAUUGUUUUUAAAGGGAAACUAAAUAUAUAACUUUUUUUCUACAAAUAAUAGUUUUUGUAUAGUCCUAAAUAAA